UUCAUUUGCAUUUAAGGGUUAUAAACGAUAAUCGAACUAUUUUAAACUCGAUUCGGCCACGUGAAAGACAACAGAUAUAAAUAAUUACCUUUCUGUGUUUAUCGAGAAAAUGGCUAAUUGAAAAACGCAUUAACUCGUGAUUUCUGUUGUACCACGUGUGCUUGUUUGAAUUGAAUGAGGCGCGCUCACGCAAGUCUGCUCGUGCCCGCACUAUGCAGAGGAAACGCGAGGCACACCUUUGCAGAAUUAUUGUGACUAUUUCUUUAAAGUAAUUGUGCAGAAUUCAAGCCGAAGCAGCGAGACACGUUUGCAAUGAGAACCGGACAAUGGAGUGUGUGUACAGAAGCCGUGUGAACCAGCAUCGCUCCAGAGAAACCGGAGUUCGAGGUGUAUCUGGUGGCCGCUCCAUAAUGAAGAAAAAGAGCUCUCACAAGCACAAACACAUGCAUCACAGUUCUCUCGGUGAAAGCAUUGUGGGCUGUCGAAUACAACACAACUGGAAGGAAGACGUCUGCAGUCCUGUCUCUCGCUGGACGGGGACCGUACUAGUCCAAGUGUCUGUCAACUCGUCUCUGUACCUCAUCAAGUACGAUGGAGUGGACUGCGUCUACGGCCUGGAGAUCUUCAGAGAUCAGAGGGUGCAGAAUCUGGAGAUUUUCCCCGGGGAGAUCGCCUCGUUUCGGGUCAGUGACACUCGUCUGGCGGAUCAGCUGCUGGGACGGCCCGUGGUUCACCUGUUUGAGACGGACGAGGGCUCCAAGGACGAGUGGAGAGGUCUGGUGCUCUCCAGGGCUCCCAGCAUGCCUGCAUGGUUCUUCAUAACUUAUGAGAAAGACCCCAUGCUGUACAUGUACCAGCUGACGCAGGAUUAUAAAGACGGGGACCUUCGGAUACUUCCAGAUCCAGAUGAUCGGGCGGAGCUCAGAGAGCCGGGUGAAGCGUGUGAUUCGCUGGUUGGGAAGCAGGUGGAGUGUGAGAAUCAGGACGGCACACAGAGGAUGGGAACCAUCAUCCAGCAGGUUCAGUCCAAACCCUCCGUCUACUUCAUCAAGUUCGAUGACGACUAUCACAUCUACGUCUAUGACAUGGUUGGAUCAUGAGUUUCCGCUCAGAGCUUCGCCGUCGUCAUGCAAUGGCUUUUUCACUGGAACAGUUUCUCUUUUGUAUUAAUAAACGUUAGACACGAAGAUAUAUCUUUUAUAGUGCGAUUUACUGUGAGUUCUUGUUCAGUUCAAGUGUCUUUCUUUUUUUUGGUUGUUUGCUGUUCAAGAGUUUCAUCUCUGUUUGUUUGUAUUGUAAAUAGUGCCUUUCUCUCUUUUGAGAUCUUUCUGACUAACUCUAUUAAUUAUAAACAUUUAUCUUUAACAUAGGAAGUUCUACUUCAUAAAGAUUUCCUCCUUUCUAUUCUUGUCUCCAUUAAAGAUGAACAAGUAAAAA